AUGGCAGAAACAGCAAAACGAAUGAUCGCACAUCACGAAGAGGCUACCCAGGAUGCUUCACACACCAAUGAUGUCAAGGCCCCUGCGUCACAGGACCCCGUCGCCAUUUCUCAAAAGUGAGUUGGAGGCUUCCCCACAUUUCUGGGAUGGAGUGCUUUAGGGAAUGUCCAUGAUUGGGACUGGGAGGGCAAUGCCGGGUGAUUGUAGGAGGCUCAUACGAUACCUACAACGAGUGAGUAAUGUGCGACAUGUACUGACCACGCGUGUUUUGUCCCAUUACUGCGAAUGUGGCGCACAGAUUCCUCGACCAGAUCCAAGCCGCCAUCACUGCCAAGGAUAUCGACGCCAUCGUCGGUUGCUUCAUGGACGAUAACCAGGGCUACUGGCGUGAUAUCCUCUGCAUCGACCAGACUGACUUUAAUACCCUUCAAACCAAUGAUAUUGUGAGUGGCAUGCUGGUGUUGGGAGGGCCCUGCAGUGGGUGUGGCGAUGCCGAGAGGAAGCGGGGGACUCUUCCCCACCUUUUCUCCCCGGCGCCGUUUCAGAUCGAUUCAGGUCGAUGAGGUGCCCCACGUCUGCUGUGAACCCCCGCCGGCUGCCCGUUCAAACACCCACUGACUUGAAUCCCCCUCACCGCACCUGUUCAUCUUUACUCCAGGCUGGUCACCUGAACAAGUUCGGCGUCCCCGCCAUCCAAAACCUCAAAGUCACCAAGCCGCAGUCGGCGUGCAUCGUCCCCGCUUCGGAAGAGAUGGUCUGGGCUCAAGCCUUCAUCACCUUCGAGACGGAUGAUAUUCGAGGCAAGGGGAUGGUCAGGUUGAGAGAGAGUAAGGUUGGACGAGGAGAUUGGAAGGCGUUUGUCUUCUUCGUGAGUGCAUUAGUUAUGUGCUCUUGGGGCAUUUGAAAGGGCUGCGCACUGAUGCCACUCGCAACCCUCAGACAUCGGUCGAUGAAGUCAAGGGUCAUGAAGAGUUCGGUGGCUCGCGACGACCCCUCGGUGCCGAACAUGGAGAAAAGUCGGACCCCAAAGUUAACUGGCUCGAUCGACGCAAGGCGUCGUUGGAGUACAAGGACGGCGACCCGACCGUCAUCAUCGUCGGCGGUGGCCAGAACGGCUUGAUGCUCGCGGCGCGCCUACGCAUGCUCGGCAUCAACCACCUCGUCAUCGAGAAACAUGGUCGCGUUGGUGACUCGUGGCGCAAGCGCUACCAUUCGUUAUGCCUCCACGACCCCGUCCAUGGUGAUCAUCUGCCUUACAUCCCGUUCCCGCCCGGCUUCCCCAAGUUCAUCCCCAAGGACAAGAUCGCCAACUGGUUCGAGUCGUACGCCGAGUCGAUGGAGCUCAACAUCUGGCUCAACUCGACCGUCGAACGAGGUGCCAAGUUUGAUCCUCAAACUCAGAAAUGGGAGGUCACGGUCUUGCGCAACAACGGUGCUGAGAAGAGGGUCUUCCACGUCAAUCAUCUCGUCCUCGCUUCCGGCUUCUCCGGUGAACCUAGGCUGCCCUCGUUCCCUCGCGACGAGUUCAAAGGUGAUGCGUAUCACUCUUCGGCGCAUCAGAGUGGUGCCAAGUACGCGGGCAAGAAGGCCGUCGUCGUCGGGUGCUGCAACUCGGGUCAUGAUAUCGCUGCCGACCUCGUCGAGAACGGCGCGGAUACGACCAUCGUUCAAAGGUCGUGGACGUACGUCAUGUCCUCCAAGCAUGGACUGCAUGAGCUGCUCAAAGGCGUCUACGAAGAGAAUGGUCCGCCUUUGGAUGAGGCGGAUCUUAUUCUGACUUCGCUGCCGACGAAUGUGUUGGCUCAAUUCCGUGAGUUUGCCUUUUGGCUCCGGCGCGUGCGUAACAGGGGCUGACCCUCUCCUCCGAACGAUAGAAACCGAGGCGACCAAGGAGGUGACGCGAAAGGACAAGGAUCUCUUGGACGGUCUUCGCAAAGCUGGCUUCAAGCUCAACCCGUACCCCGAAGGUCUCUUCCUCAAAUACUUCCGCGACGGGGGAGGUUACUACAUCGACGUCGGCGCGUCCAAGAUGAUCGCCGAUGGCAAGAUCAAGAUCAAGCAGGGUGUCGAGAUCAAGAAGCUGACCAAGGAUGGGGUCUUGUUCGAGGAUGGGACGGAGUUGAAGGCGGAUGUGGUUGUGAUGGCGACCGGGUACACUUCGCAGCGUGAGACGAUUAGGAAAGUCAUCUCGGAUGAGGUUGCGGAUGGGUUGGGGCCUUGCUGGGGCAAGGAUGCGCAGGGCGAGAUUCCGGGUGAGUACCCCUCACUGAUUCAUACAAAUCCAAUCGAAUGGGGGCUGAUUUUACAUUUCUAUCACACUGCUUUCUUUCAUUCCAGGCUGCUGGCGCAACUCGGGCGUGCCUCGCUUCUACCUCCAAUCGGGCAACAUGUUCCAAGCGCGUUGUUACUCCAAGUGGCUUGCUCUUCAGAUCCAUAUGUGCGAAUUGGGCUUGACGCCUAAACAGGCCGAGUACCCCAAGUACAAGGAGGUUGUCGAUCCUAGGUUCUGA